AUGCACCUCUCGAUAUCGAGAUGGACGGUUCUGCUAGUGACCGUGCUGUCCUGGCUCGGGUCCGUUGAUGCACACACCGUCAUCGUCUAUCCAGGCUACAGAGGAAAUAAUCUUCACACGAAUGGCACUGUCGAGGAAGCAAAUGGCCAGGGACAAGCCUACGUCAACGGUUCCACGAUCUACCCCUACGGAAUGCAGUGGAUGUAUCCUUGCGGAGGAAUGCCUACGUCGACGAACCGAACCAAGUGGCCGGUGCAAGGAGGAGCGAUCGCGGUUCAGCCGGGCUGGUUUCAAGGACACAAGACGGCCUUCUUCUACUUCAACCUGGGUCUGGGUACGGUGCCGCCAAACAUGAGCCACCCGAUGCUCGCGCCGAUUCAGAUUAUCGGACCGUCGUCGAAUCCCUAUCCCGGGACAUUCUGUCUGCCUCAGGUGCCCUUGCCUGCCAACAUCACGGUGAACGUGGGCGAUCAUGCCACCAUCCAGGUGAUCGAAACGGCCAUUCACGGGGCGGCCCUGUAUAAUUGCGUCGACAUUGAAUUCGCCGAGCCAGAGGACUGCGAAGAGGUCACGCCGGACAACUGCUUCAACUCGUCCGACAUCUCCUUCGCGGACGUCUACACCACGGCGUCCUUGUCCGCCGCUCCGGCCCUUCGACCAUCCAUGCUGACCGGUCUGGCGGCAUCCAUCCCGCUGCUUCUGAUGGGCCUGUUUGGGUUGUUGUAG